AUCUUCUUUCUCCGUCUCUUAGAACAUUACCCGAUACAAGCAUUUCUAGUGGUCCAAUGAAUGAAUCAUUGGAAAAAAAUGGAACUAUUGAUGGAUUAGCAUCAGAUUAUAAUCCAUUACUAAACCGACAAUUAGAAAAUCCAACAUCGAAUUUUGAUACCAUGAUACAUUUGUUAAAAGGAAAUAUUGGUACUGGAAUCUUAGCUAUGCCUGAUGCGUUCAGAAACUMUGGYUGGGCUGUAGGUUUAGUAUGUACAGCACUUUUGGGAGCUGUCUGCACACAUUGUAUGCAUAUGUUGGUUCGAUGCUCUCAUGAAUUGUGUAUUAGAACACAAAGACCAUCUCUUUCAUUUCCCAAUGUCGCAGAAAUGGCUUUUGAAUAUGGACCACCCAAAUUACAAAAAUAUUCAUCAGCUGCGAGUAAAUUUAUUAAUACUUUUCUUGUUAUGACUCAGCUGGGAUUUUGUUGUGUAUAUUUCUUGUUUGUGGCCACUAAUAUACAAGAAGUGAUAACACAUUACUUUUCUGUUAAAAUGUCUGUUCAAUCAUAUUUGCUUAUACUACUGGUGCCAAUGAUACUUUUGAAUUGUGUAAAAAGUCUAAAAUACCUGACUCCGGCAUCAUUUUUAGCAACCAUAUUAACAGUGAUUGGAUUAGGAAUAACAUUUUUCUACUUACUUCAAGGACUUCCAAAAACAUUGAAUGCCAAAGCUUUUUCAUCUUGGCAACAAUUACCCCUUUAUUUUGGAACUGCAGUAUACGCAUUUGAAGGCAUUGGAAUGGUUUUGCCAUUAGAAAAUAACAUGAAAAAUCCAGAAUCUUUUAGUGGAAUGACUGGUGUUUUAAAUACUGGAAUGGUUAUUGUAACAUUGCUGUAUACGUCAAUCGGAUUUUUUGGAUACUUGCGAUAUGGAGAAGCUGUUAAAUUAGGAAGUAUUACRCUGAAUCUUCCAUCUGAAGAUUUGUUAGCUCAAAGUGUCCGGGCAGCAAUGGCAUUCUCAAUAUUUUUGUCUUAUGGUCUCCAAUUCUAUGUUCCAAUUGGUAUCAUAUGGCCUGCUUUAAAAGGAUAUUUUCAUUCACAGUCUAGUCAACGUAACGCUGAAUUGAGUAUCAGAGUGUUUCUUGUCACGCUAACAUUCGCUUUAGCAGCUGCCAUUCCAAACCUAUCAGCAAUCAUCUCAUUAGUGGGAUCAUUCAGUAGUUCAGCACUAGCUCUAAUAUUUCCACCUAUUAUUGAACUCAUGACGUUCUGGGAUCAUUGCUCCGGUAAAGAGUUUACGCUGAUGUUUGUUAAAGAUAUUAUUAUUAUUAUAAUCGGUUUUCUUGGAUUUGGUUUUGGAUCGUAUGCUAGUUUAUGGAAUAUCAUUGAACCCAUGAACAGUUAAUUUAGCAUUGAGUUUUACAAUGCUUUAAGUAUCCACCAGUAUUUUAAUUAUUGAUCUUAAUAAUUUAUUGUCUUCCUAUAUCAAUUAUGGUUUUAAUUUGUUUUAAUUAUUUAA